GAAUUGAAAACUUCAACUAGAGUCCCGUGAUUUAUAUAUCGUAUAGUGAUGUCGACUCUGAAUUGCUAGUCAAGAUUAAUGUAUUUAAUUAUUUAUCGACGACAUACAAGUACUUAAACUAUAUUAUAAAUUAAUGAUGACUUUGAACAACAACGAAUCAGAAAAAGGGAAACCAGAAUUAAUUCAGAAUGGAAAUAUUCCAGAAGGACAGCAAAAAAAGCUGAAAAAGACAAAAAGAUGUCGAAAACGACUAUCACAGCUUCUACAUACUCAUGUGGUCCUCAUCACCGUCUGUGUCCUCAGUGCUCUGGAUGCUGGCUGUGUUCUGGGACAAAUCAUAUGCGAUAUACUCAUCAUGUCAGAAAAAUUACAUGACAGCGAUAUGCUAAAGGAAAGCACAGUGGCUGUAUUAAUGAAAGUCUGUCCGGAAGCCAACUACACUACGGCGGACGGGCAUUCGCCUACCCUCGAACAGGCAAUAGAAAGUGUUAAGAAGCAUUCUUGUUAUUCAUCAAACAGUUCCAACUUCCAGAGUCAAGAAAAUCAACACAGAUUUACCUACUAUACUGACGAUACAAGAAGACAAGGUGAGAUACAUCACAGAUCAAAGCGAGCUUCCGGUUCUGGCGACCACGCACAUGCAGAACACACUUUGGUCGAAACCCUUACACACGCCUUCCAUCUUGGGAGUCUGGUCAUUUUAUCGCUUCUUGUAUUUGAGACCUUCUUGAAAAUAUUUGCGAUGGGAAGUCACUUCCUAAAUCACAGACUAGAGGUUUUUGACGCCUUCGUUGUAACAGUAUCAUGGAUCCUAGAUCUUUCGUUUUACGAAGGAAUCUGGGCUCAACCAGGAUCGGAGGCGGCCACCAUUUUAAUCAUCAUUCUACCCUGGAGAGUGAUAAGGAUUGUCAAUAGUUUUGUUCUUGUGAUCAAAGAAAAGGACUUGGUAAUACUGAAAGUAAUUAAACAGCAAUACAGACGACUCGUCAAGCGAGAAAAAGAACUAACAAACAAAUUAGAACAAUAUAGAAUUGAACUUCGGCAGCUUCAAGGACUUUGUCGAAAGCACGGGGCAAAAGAGCCGGAAAUUGCUGCUUGUGCACCAAUAGGAAGACGUCGAACAAGUAGCAUAAUGUCGGGCAUGUCUAGCUUUGCCUCGCUCGCAAUGAUAGGAGCUGUCGGAAGUCAACCUGAUUUGGCCCGUGAGUCUUCUUCCGAUGAAGACGACGAUAUCCCAUCUCCUACUCCAUCUCAGAUUAAAGAAGCUAACCAUUUGCUAAGAUCUGUCUCAACAACCAGCAGUUUCUUGGAUGGUGGAAUGUCUGACACUGUUACAUUUUCCUUAUCACCUGAUCCUACCAGUCCUAAUGGCCAAUCAAAUCCUGUUUUUACCUUUGAAGUUGAAGCACCAUCCAAGAAUAGCACGACGAAGGGAGAUUCAACUAAACUGUGAAGAGUCCACCACAGUGUAUGCUGUCUGUGAUAUUCCAUUGUAUUGGAUAUGACCAUUAUAUAUAAUUGCUGCGAGAAAAAAAAAUCAUUAAAAUGCACUUCAAAGUCAAGAUCUACAAUGUAGUAAAUGACCGAUACCUACAGAGCUUUAAAACUUUGGUUAUGAUUAAAAUAUAUUUUACAUAAAGUACUUUGACUUUGAAUACAUCAUUGUUUUUCCUCAGAUGGAUUAACAUCAAAAAGGGUCAAUUGGGGCUUUUUUUUUGAGAAAUUCGCUCUCAAAUAUUGGUUAUUCUUCACCUUUGUUUAAUAAACAAAGAAAUUUACUGGAAAACGAA